CAAAUAAAUGAAGUAACGCAAAAGAGUUUUACUUUAGUUUCUCUUCAAAGUAAGAGUGGAAGUGAAAUCAUCUUUCGUGGUGGAAUUAUUCUUUUUUGGAUUAUCUUCUCUGCUACAAGUUUCUUCUUUGGAACUCAGCUGUUGUUCUUUCUUUUUGGCCUUCACAAAUCUGAGUUUUAAUCGUGAAUAAGUGUAAUUUCUCCGACCAAAAUUGGUCCUUUUAUCUUCUGGGCAGCUAUAUAAAGAUUCUUGUAUAUGGCGAAUCCAACAUCUUGAAAUUUGCUACUUCUUAGAAAGAUGGCUCUGCCUUUUACGAUAACUGCUUUGGCGCUUGCCUGUUUAUGGUCAUCUGUGUCACCUGAUGAUCAAGGGGAGGCUUUAUUUGCUCUGAGGAGCUCCUUACGUGCAUCUCCUCAACAGCUAAGCGACUGGAACCUGAACCAAGUAGAUCCUUGUACUUGGUCUCAAGUUAUUUGUGAUGAACAGAAGCAUGUUACUUCUCUAACCUUGUCUGACAUGAACUUCUCCUCGGGAACUUUAUCUUCAGGAAUAGGAAUCUUGAAAACUCUCAAAACUCUUACAUUGAAGGGAAAUGGAAUUACUGGUGAAAUACCAGAAUCUAUUGGGAAUCUUUCUAGCUUGACAAGCUUGGAUUUAGAGGAUAAUCAACUCUCUGGUCCCAUACCACCCACGCUCGGUAAUCUCAGUAACAUACAGUUCCUGACUCUGAGUAGGAACAACCUAAAUGGAACUGUCCCUGAUUCAUUCACUGGCCUUUCAAAACUGAUAAAUAUUUUGCUCGACUCAAACAAUCUCAGCGGUGAGAUUCCUCAGAGUUUAUUCGACAUUCCAAAAUACAAUUUCACAGCAAACAACUUGACUUGUGGUGGCAUUUACCCUCACCCUUGCGUAACCGAGUCCAACCCUUCAGGUGAUUCAAGCAAUUCAAAAACCGGAAUCAUCGCUGGAGUUGUUAGCGGGAGCACAGUGAUUCUCCUUGGAUUCUUCUUGUUUUUCUUCUGCAAGGACAAGCAUAAAGGAUAUAGACGUGAGGUGUUUGUAGAUGUUGCAGGUGAAGUAGACAGAAGGAUUGCGUUUGGACAGUUGAGAAGAUUUUCAUGGAGAGAGCUUCAACUGGCGACAGAUGAGUUCAGUGAACAGAACGUUCUUGGACAAGGAGGCUUUGGAAAAGUAUACAAAGGAGUGCUUUUGGAUGGCACCAAAGUUGCAGUGAAGAGAUUAACUGACUUUGAAAGACCAGGAGGAGACGAAGCUUUCCAGAGAGAAGUUGAAAUGAUAAGUGUAGCUGUUCAUAGGAACCUGCUUCGCCUUAUAGGCUUUUGCACAACACAGACCGAACGACUCUUGGUGUAUCCCUUCAUGCAGAAUCUAAGUGUUGCAUAUCGCUUAAGAGAGAUUAAACGAGGGGAACCAGUUCUGGAUUGGUUCAGGAGGAAACAGAUUGCUCUAGGUGCAGCACGAGGACUGGAGUAUCUUCAUGAACAUUGCAACCCUAAGAUCAUUCAUAGAGACGUGAAGGCUGCUAAUGUGUUACUAGAUGAAGAUUUUGAAGCAGUGGUUGGGGACUUUGGUUUAGCUAAGUUGGUAGAUGUUAGAAGGACUAAUGUGACCACUCAGGUCCGUGGAACAAUGGGUCAUAUUGCACCUGAAUGUAUAUCCACUGGGAAAUCAUCAGAGAAAACGGAUGUUUUCGGGUAUGGAAUCAUGCUUCUUGAGCUUGUAACUGGACAAAGAGCCAUUGAUUUCUCGCGGUUGGAGGAAGAAGAUGAUGUCUUGUUGCUAGAUCAUGUGAAGAAGUUGGAAAGAGAAAAGAGACUGGGAGAUAUUGUAGAUAAGAAGCUUGAAGAGGAUUACAUAGAGGAAGAAGUAGAGAUGAUGAUACAAGUUGCCUUGUUGUGCACACAAGCAGCGCCAGAAGAAAGACCAGCUAUGUCUGAAGUUGUGAGGAUGCUUGAAGGAGAAGGGCUUGCAGAGAGAUGGGAAGAAUGGCAGAAUCUUGAAGUGACAAGACAAGAAGAGUUUCAGAGGCUGCAGAGGAGAUUUGAUUGGGGUGAAGAUUCGAUUAAUAAUCAAGACGCCAUUGAAUUAUCUGGUGGAAGAUAGAAAAUAUACUUUUGAUUUUCAAAGGUGACACUCUUGUGAUUCAAACUGUAAAGUAGACGAAGAUUGAUUUUUUAAACAUCAGUGAAGUUUACAUA